GCGUUUCUCCGAUCAAAGGUGGACGCUAAUGUGGAAGAUUUUAAGCUUAUAACAGUGUGUCAGUCUGUCCCACCUUAGGGGUUGGUGGGUCCUUCGCUUUUUUUUCGCAAGCACCAAAUUCCCCAAACGGCGUAUAACUAGGGAACCCGACCACUGCUCGCAGCUUCGUAAACAUUGAAAACCCUAUUGGUUAUCCUGUCUUGUGUGGUUUCAAAGUAAGAUGGCAGGAAAGGAAGGGCUUCGGCAACGUGUCGGUACUGCAGUAAAGAAAGAUAUCGCUUCUGUUAAGGAGCUUGUCGCUCAAACUGGCACCACUUGGGGCAGGGCAAGAGAUGUCAGCAUAUCUAACAUUGCUAUAUGCGGUGCCAUCAUGACUCUGUGUCCGCUUUUCGUAAUCUACACAUGGAUGGCUUGCGAUUCGUUCCAAUGCUCCCUUGCUGCGCCUAUGCAGAAAGUACUCGCUGGCGGUUUAUCCUUGGAUGCAAUUGUAGCAGGAGUACAAACUCUGGUGGACGACCACUUCCCAAGACCAUCAGCCGGAGCAUUCAGAUUAUUCUUUGGAUGGCUCUUAUUCCAAGGUCUUUUGUAUUCGUAUCUGCCAGGCAAGAUUGGGUACGGUCAAACCACCCCGGCGGGCUACACCCUUCCAUACAUUGUCAACGGUCUUUUUGCUUGGAUUGUCACGCAUGCUCUUUUCAUUGGCGCUUCCCUUGGUCUCGGCCUCUUUCCCGCGUCCAUCAUCUACGAUAACUGGGGCGGGCUUCUUGUCGCUGCCAACGUUUACGGUUACUUCCUGACAUUUUUUUCAUACCUCAAAGCCCAUGUCGCGCCCUCCCAUUCGGAGGAUCGCAAGUUCUCUGGCUCGAUGAUCUAUGAUCUGUACAUGGGCAUCGAAUUCAAUCCGCGAUUCGGCGAAUACUUUGAUUUUAAGCUCUUUCACAAUGGGCGGCCGGGUAUUGUCGCCUGGACCUUGAUCAACUUCUCCUUCGCAGCAGCUCAGUGGCAGCAAAUCGGCUACGUGACUAACUCGAUGGUUCUUUUGAACUUCUUGCAUUUUGUAUAUGUGAUCGAUUUUUUCAUCCACGAAGAUUGGUACUUGAGAACAAUUGAUAUUGCCCAUGAUCACUUUGGAUUCUACUUAUCAUGGGGAGACAGCGUCUGGCUUCCCUUCAUGUAUACUCUUCAAUCUCACUUCCUUGUCCGGCAUCCAAUCGACAUGUCUUGGCCAUGGUUUACGUUUGUUCUCGCUCUGGGUCUUUCUGGUUACUACAUUUUCCGUGCGGUAAACAACCAGAAAGAUGUCGUUCGUCGAACCAACGGACACUGCAAGAUCUGGGGCCGUGAUGCUAAGGUCAUCAGGACUGAGUUUAUCACCUCCGAUGGCCAGAAACACAAAAGUUUGCUCUUGUGCUCUGGGUUCUGGGGUCUAUCCCGCCACUUCAACUAUGUUGGCGAUCUUCUCAUCUCCUCCGCGAUGUGCUUCACCUGCGGAUUCCAAUACCUCCUGCCCCAUUUCUACAUCAUAUACAUGACAAUUCUUUUACUGCAACGUAUUCAGCGUGACCAAGAGAGAUGCAAGGGCAAAUACGGAAAGUAUUGGGAUGAAUACUGCAAAGCUGUCCCAUACAAAUUGAUCCCGGGUAUUUACUGAGUCCUGAGAGCAUCGGCAAAUUCGUAUCCAGCACGUUAUCUCUUCCAAAUCGUAGCCUGGGAUAUUUAGCUUAGGGUGUAUCUUGUCACUUAUACUAAAGUAGGGUGCACGUAUUUGGGGUUUACCUAUAUUGACCUGUAAAAAUUCUGCAUUUUAUUGCUUGAGUUAGUUCAAUGAUGGUGGAAUAUGCACUCCAGAUCUUCAACAUUCAAAGUCGUCCAGGUUCUCAAUCUAGCAAAUCAGAAAGCCGACUGGGAAAGGCAGGUUACGAUUCUGCGUGUGUCUGGCUACUUAAAUAGAUUCAAGCUGGCUGCAAUACCGUCAGCAUUGUUAUUCUCCAG